AUGACGACCAGCAACUCCCUGGAUGGAGAUCUAGAGCUUGGGCAGAUGAGCUGCUCCCUCAGCCUGGGGAUUCCAGACAGAGAAAAGGAAGAAAGAAGAACGGAUCCUGAUAGUGAUCAACCCCUGAACAGCCUUGAUGUCACGCCCUUGCGCAAAUCCCGAACUUCCCUGGAGACCUUCAAAAAGACGGGGGUCCCCAUCAUCGCAGCACUGCUGAGCCUGGCAAUCAUUGUCAUCAUGGCUGUCCUUGGCAAGGUGAUCCUGGACAAAGACUACUUCCUCUGUGGGCAGCCACUCCACUUCAUCCCCAGGAGGCAGGUGUGUGAUGGCCAACAGGACUGUGCCUUGGGGGAGGACGAGGAGCACUGUGUCAAGAACUUUCUCAGCGGGCCUCCAAUGGCAGUCCGCCUCUCCAGAGACCGAUCCACCCUUCAGGUGCUGGAUCCAGCCACGAAGAACUGGGCCUCCGUCUGUUUCAACAACUUCACAGAAGCUCUGGCCCAGACGGCCUGCAGGCAGAUGGGCUUUGACAGCAAACCCGUCUUCAGAGCUGUGAAGAUUGGUCCAGAUCAAGAUCUGGAUGUUGUUGAAAUUAUAGCAAAUAGCCAGGAGCUUCAGGUGCAAAACCCAAGUGGACCCUGUCUCUCAGGCUCCCUGGUUUCCCUGCACUGCCUUGCCUGCGGGGAAAGCCUAAAGGCCCCUCGGGUGGUGGGCGGGGAGAAGGCCCCUGUGGAUGCUUGGCCUUGGCAGGUCAGCAUCCAGUACAACAAACACCACUUCUGUGGCGGGAGCAUCCUGGACCACCAUUGGAUCCUCACAGCAGCCCACUGCUUCAGGAAGUAUCAUGAUGUGUCCAAUUGGAGGGUGAGGGCCGGCUCAGACAAAUUGGGCAAUUUUCCAUCUCUGCCUGUGGACAAGAUCUUCAUCACUGAGCUCAAUACCACACACCCCAACGAGAAGGACAUUGCCCUUGUGAAGCUGCAAUACCCACUCACAUUCUCAGGCACAGUCAGGCCCAUCUGCCUGCCCUUCUCUGAUGAGGAGCUCACUCCAGCCACCCCACUAUGGGUCAUUGGAUGGGGCUUCACAGAAGAGGGUGGAGGGACAUUGUCUGACACACUGCUUCAGGCAUCAGUCCAGGUCAUUGACAGAACUCGAUGCAAUGCAGAGGAUGCAUACCAGGGGGAAGUUACCAAGGAGAUGUUGUGUGCAGGCAUUCUGGAGGGCGGUGUGGACACCUGCCAGGGUGACAGUGGUGGGCCCCUGAUGUAUCACUCUGACCUGUGGCAAGUGGUAGGCAUCGUAAGCUGGGGCCGUGGCUGUGGGGACCCGAAGACCCCAGGAGUAUACACCAAGGUCACAGCCUAUCUCAACUGGAUCUACAAUGUCCGAAAGGUGAGCAUGUUUGCCUGUUGUUCCUCCCUCCCUUCCUCUACUCCUAGGAUACCAAAUCAUUCUGAGAUUUGA